AUGUGGCAUGAAGCAAGAAGACAAGAGAAGAAGAUCCGAGGGAUCAUGGUGGAUUACAAAAGGAGAGCUGACCGCAGGAGGGAGUUUUAUGAAAAAAUAAAACAAGACCCAACUCAGUUUCUGCGCAUGUAUGGCCGCCCAGUCAAAAUUCACUUGGACCAGGCUGUAGCAAUGGCAGCUGAGGGGCCUCAGAGCAUGAUGCCAUGGCAAGGAGACUUCAACAAUAUGAUUGACCGGUUUGAUGUUAGAGCAAACCUGGAUCACAUACCAGAAUAUGUUCCUGACAGACACAGAGUAUCUGACUCAAAUGACGAAGAUGAAAGGCACGCUAACUACGAGCGGUACCGCACACUAGUGGAGAAUGAAGCAGCUGCAUUGAGCGAAGAACAGUGCUUGAACCAGAUUUAUCUUGAUGAGCACUUUGGGACCACCCUUAAUAAAGGAAAUGAAGAAGAAAAGAAAAAAAAUGCAGAUAAGAAGGCUGCUAUUGGGUAUGUGUAUGAAGGCACCCCUCAAGUUACAGACAAGGCUCUAGACAAUGAAGAUAGUGAUGGCGAAGAGAGUUUAGAAGAAGAUAUAGAAACUGCAGACUUGGAUGUAACUAUUGAUGUUGAUGUCUUGACGCCUGACCAGAUGCGAGAGGUCAACCUGUGUGCAGCUCAGUAUGGGAUGAAAGAUGAUGACUUCAUCAGAUUGCUGCGAAAAGAUAAAGAGGAGAUAGAAGUAUUAAGGGCAGCCAAACAACUAGAGGAAGCCAAAGCUCAAUUCUCUGGUCGAAAGUCUAGGCGGGAAAGAAGAGCCAUAAAUGAAAAACGGCAAAACCCCCAGAGGUUUAGCAGACCGAGCUAUGCUGCAAGAGAAAGUCCAAAAUAUGAGCCUUAUAAAAGACCUGGCUCCUCAUCACGCUCAAGGUCAAGGUCAAGAUCGUCAGAACCUCCACAAAUGAAAUUCAUCACCAGUUUUGGAGCAGACAGCGAUGAUGAAAGCGGUGUAGUUCAGGGGCCUUCACUCCCAUCAAACUCAAAAUCAGCAGUUAAAAAACGGACUUCCCAGCGUGAACCCUCUAAGUGUGAGACUCCAUGGUUGUCACGAAAGAGAUCCAGUCCAAAGGAAAGCAGAAGCAGGUCUCGUAGAUCCUCUUCUCGUUCUAGAUCUACCUCAAGGUCUCGUGUUCGCAGCAAGCAUCGAAGCAGCAGUAAGUCGAGCUUUUCUUCAGACAGGUCGUAUUCAAGGUCUAAGUCAAGGUCGCGGUCUUGUUCAGACAACAGAAGGUCAUCCUCAACCAGACAAGGUAGCAAUGGAGGUGGCGGCUUAACCGGAUCAAAGAGAGAGCGUAGAUCACAUUCAGGUUCCUCAGCGUCACGCAGCAGGUCCAGGUCUCAGUCCAGGUCCUCAAGGACGAAGUCUCUCAGAAGAUCAGAAAGUCCCACGAAGAAGCCUGUCAUCAAACGCUACAGAAGAGAAAGUCUGUCCACUGGCUCAGAACUGAGUGGCAUGGAGUCUGAUGAAGAGAAGCUAACAAAUCAAACCUCCACAUCCUCACCUCAGUUGAAAACUUCUUUAAAGAAUGAAUUCAACAGAAUGCCUGACUCGUCUAAGAGUGGUAAAAUAGGCAGCAAGCCCGUGCUAUUUCAAGUCAGCUUCCAGCAAGAGCUCGAAGAAAACUCCUCAAGAGCUGCUUAA